AUGCGUUCGGAUCAACCAGCUCAACGUAAUAACAGUUCGGGUUCCGAAGUGUCCUUGGAAAUACCGCCGAAUGCCAUUUACAAUACCUCACGUGAUUGCAUCGUUCAAGACGAUGAUAGCUCGGAUAAACGUGGUGCCUGCACAAUGACCAGCGAAUGGUUGAAACAAACAUCGGCGAACAUUUUUCGCAAGAAAACACUAUACAAACGUUUGCCGAUUUUAACCUGGCUACCCAAAUAUAAUCGUGAUGAUUUUGUUGGUGAUCUUAUGGCUGGCAUCACCGUCGGUCUGACGGUUAUACCACAGGGUUUGGCUUAUGCUGGUAUAGCUGGCUUGGAUUUGCAGUAUGGUUUAUAUGGCUGUUUCAUGGGUUGUUUCCUUUACAUUCUCCUGGGUUCAAGCAAAGACGUUCCAGUGGGUCCCACAGCCAUAUCGGCGCUCUUAACAUUCCAAACGGCUCAUGGUGUCUGGCAAAAAGCAGUUUUACUUACAUUUCUAACAGGCCUAAUAGAAAUUGCAAUGGGCAUAUUUCGGCUGGGCUUCCUAAUCGAUUUUGUUUCGGGUCCAGUUAGUGCGGGUUUUACAAGUGCCGGUUCCUUGAUCAUUUUCACAUCCCAACUCAAGGAUCUACUAGGUGUCAAUACCAAAGGUGACACAUUUGUUGAUAUGUGGAUAUCGGUAUUUAGUGAUUUACACAACAUCAGUUGGAAUGAUGCUGGUUUGGGUGUUGCCUGUAUUAUUGUCCUGCUGUCAAUGCGUGCCAUGGCCAGUAUGAGUUUUGGUCCCAAAGAUAACAAUGAAAAAUCUUUCUGUCAGAAAUUUUGGUCUGGUCUCUUUUGGGUUGUUGGCACAUCGAGGAAUGCUGUUCUCAUCAUUGUUACCUCUUCAAUUGGUUAUUAUUUGUUGAGUUCCGGUAUUGAUAUAUUCCGUAUGGUUGGUUAUGUGCCGCAGGGUUUGCCUAAAUUCAGUGUACCCCCCUUUUCAAUGACCACAGUGACAAAUAGCACCAACGGUGAACCAAUUGAGAUUCAUGAAAGUUUUGGUCAAAUGGUUAGCAGUUUGGGUUCCGGGUUGAUUGUUGUGCCUCUGAUUUCGUUACUGGAAAAUAUGGCUGUCGUACAGGCUUUUGCUAAUGGCAAACCCUGUGAUGCCACCCAAGAACUAAUUGCUGUUGGCGUAUGCAAUGUCGCGAAUUCCUUUGCCCAAGGUUUCCGUGGUAAUGGUGGUAUUGCUCGUGGUGCUGUCUUAAAUUCCAGUGGUGUCCGUACCCAAAUGUCCAACAUCUAUACGGGUCUUAUUGUCAUCGUGGCAUUGUUGUAUUUGACUCCUGCUUUCUAUUAUAUUCCAAAGGCAGCCUUGGCCGCUGUCAUCAUGGCUGCUGUUAUUUUCAUGAUUCAAUAUCGUGUCGUCAAACCCAUGUGGAGAAGCAAGAAAUCUGACCUUAUCCCCGGCUUGGCUACCUUUGUUGCUUGUUUGGUAUUGCCCCUGCAAUUGGGUAUUCUUGUUGGUAUUGGUAUUAAUAUUGUAUUCAUUUUAUAUCAUGCUGCUCGUCCCAAAUUGCAUGUGCAAACUUUAUGCACCUCCAAUGACAUUAAAUACCUAAUGCUUACACCCGAUCGUUGUUUGAUAUUCCCCUCUGUGGAAUUUGUACGCAAUGUUAUUACCAAACAAGGACGUAAAUCUACCCUACCCGUGGUCAUCGAUUGCACACACAUUUAUGGUGCUGAUUUUACAGCAGCUAAGGUAGUCUCAUCAAUGAUUGAUGAUUUUGAAAAUCGUCAGCAGAAGUUGUACUUCUUUAAUUUACAACAACGUGUUGCACAAGUAUUCGAGGGUAUUAAUAAUAAUCUACAAGUUAUUUACGAUUUGAAUACAUUGGAAAUGAAGUUGUCCGGAAAAGAUGAACAAAAUACAUCGAAACUGUGA